AUGGUCAAUCUGUCCUUCGUUACGCUGCUCGUGCGAGCGGAUAAAAACUUCUCGUCUCCACUUCCUGAAGGAUUCAAUGUCGCGGCAGGUAUCCAAGUUGUCGUUAGUUGGACCACAGACUGGGGCUCCGUGCCCAUCUCGCUCGCAGUCUAUCAAGCCGAUGGUAGUGGGUGGAAAUCUCCAGUGUUGCUUGAUUACCAAGAUGAUCCCGGAAGUUAUGUCUGGACAGCGCAAACCAUCGAGGAUCUGCCAACCACGGAGGGCUUCCAUUUCUGUGUAUGGCUUGGCGACGUAUCAGAAUCUUCUCACCUUACCGACAGCAACUCCUUCAACAGCGAUGCUGUGUUCAUAGUUGACGAUGCCACCACCCCUUCCACAGCUGUACUCUCAUCAACCUCAAUAGCUUCUAGUUCUUCGUCAUCUCCGCCCUCCACCUCUUCAAAGACUUCGCCAUCCACUUUUGAAUCAACGACAUCCACCAUUGGACCAACGACAUCCGCCAACGACAUCCGCGGUCCAGCAUCAGCCAAACCCUACGCGAUCUUCCAGUCCGUCCGGCACCUUGGCAGCCGCUACCAACAGCGGUUCUCUAGGAAACGCGGCAAAUAUCGCGACCAUCGUCGGCUCUGUCCUUGGCGUGGUCCUCGGCUUGCUCACGCUGCCUUUCGCCUGGCUUGGCUUUCAGAAGAACAAGAAGGGGAAAAGAGCGGUGCCUACAAAGAUGAGAAGUCUUCGCCGGAACUUGAGUCAUCAAAUGGCUCGUAA